UCUGUAUGUUGACCUGUGUUCCUCUACCAGGUGUUCCUCUACCAGGUGUGCUGUAUGUUUACCUGUGUGUUCCUCUACCAGGUGGGCAGUGUAGAUCCAGCACGGGAUUUCCGCACUCUGAUUCGCCAGAAGAGUCUUCCGUUUGGAGAGGUGUGUCAACAGCUGACUGGCAGGAUAGAGCAGUUGCUUGGCAACAAGAACAUGAACUACUACAUCAAGUGCAUUCCCUGUAUCCAGACCUUCAGAGAGCAGUCUGUCCAGGUUGGGAAUGCUGAUCACUACAACAGCUACAUCCAGUCUCUGAAGACGAGUAUUCCCGUUAGAGGCCUUCAGGAAUUCUGGGAUAUGCUAGUCCAAGAUGCCCUGACUCUGAUCAACAAGGACGAAGUUGACGGGAGCCGGUUCUCCAGUCAUGAUGCCAAGCAGUUCCUGACUGCAGAGGAGAAGAAAGAGGAGGUCGUAGCAGCUGUGGUGGACGAUACGGGAGAUGUGGACGACCUGCUGGACAUGAUGUGAGGUCGAAGACGACGGGGUGGAGGAUGAAGGAAACGUGACCAAACGGAUUUCAACUGUCCAUCUGCCCUGGACACCAUUUAUCUGACUGUGUGGAAGUAGAUAACUGGCUUCAUUGUCAAAAUGACCCAAUGUAUCCCUUUAACCUGUACAUUACAGUAGCACCCUCUCUGUCUAGAUAGUCUACAUGUAGACUAUCACUAUACAAGUACUGAAACCAUUUCCUCAGUAGUGACUGGACAGCGGUUCAGGUGGUUUGUUGAUCGAGAUCGAUGCAUCACUGAAGAAAUGCCACAUUGGAGCAGUACGUCAAAAUAUAUCUCUGUAUGGUUUAAAUGAUUGGUCUGAAUUUACGUCUGAACUUGCGUCUGUACGUCUAUGUAGAAUUCUCUCAAGUUAAUAAAAUAAUAUUUUUGUAUUUUUCUCUAUAAGAUCUGAACCAGUGUUAUAAUUGACCCACUAUAACACUGGGACUCUACUGUCCCACUGGCUUUCUGAAGAGUACUUACAUUUCUUCAAUAAAUUCUUUAAACCAAAAUA